AUGUCCGCCCCAGACACGUCUUCGGACCUCGAUAGCAGCUCUAGCGCACCCAAACCCUUCCAGGGGCACGAGGGCAGAGUGCACUCAGUCGCUUAUUCGCCUGACGGAAACUGGAUUGCUUCUGGCUCUGAAGAUAAGACGAUCAGAAUCUGGGACUCGAAUACCAGCCUGCCAGUCAGUAAACCUUUGGAAGGUCAUAACGACAUUGUCAGCUCCAUCACCUUUGCUCCCAAUGGGAGGUCUAUUGUCAGCGGAUCUGACGACAGGACCCUUCUUGUCUGGGACGCUCUGACGCAGGAGGUCGUACUGGGUCCACUGGAGGGUCAUACAGAUUACGUAUGGUCUGUGAAAUACUCCCCAGACGGUCGACUUAUUGCUAGCGGAUCUGAGGAUGGGUUCGUCCGGCUAUGGAACUCAACCUCGGGUGAUUGCAUUGGAACCAUUCAACGUCCAGGAAAAGUCCAAGAAGUGACAUUUUCUCCCUGUGGAAAACACAUUGCAACUGCUUGUCGCGACAAUUUGAUACGGGUAUGGGACGUGUCUUCGCGUGAGCUCUGUCUGCAACCUCUCGCUGGACACAAGUCAGCAGCACUCGCCGUUGCUUAUUCCCCAGAUGGAAAUAUAUUGGCAAGUGGUAGUUGGGACUGGACGGUUCGAUUGUGGGACCCGAAGACCGGUCAACUACUCAUAGAUCCUUUGAGGGGACAUAAGCUAGGCAUUACGGGCUUGUGCUUCUCCCCUGAUAGCAGUAUCUUGGUCAGCGUAUCGUUCGACAAAUCAAUACGGGCAUGGAAUUCGCGGACAGGGGAUUGUAUAUGGAAGCGCGUAUACGGUGGCGCAAUUGAUAUAUUGUCCAUUGCAUGUGGCCCAUGUCAGCAGAUCGCCAUUGGUGGCGAGGAUCCCCAACUUUCUGUGCGUGAUGUCACCACGGGGGCACUCACUUUCCCUAACUCAAUCAAUCGAAAGCACCCACGGAAUGGGAUGUACGUCUCGUCUCUAUCAUCUCUAGUUCUAUCAACCAUGCCAUGUUCAUGUAGGAUGCAUCAAGAGCCCGAGGUAAAAGCAUUGGCGUGGUUCCCCGACCAAAUACGCUUCGCGAGUGCUGGAGAAUUGGGUACAGGCAAAGUUUGGAACUCGAGUACGGGCGAAGACUCGCCAGACGGCUUCUUUCAUGGUAUGUCAGAUAUCGGUGCCAUCGACAUUUCUCCCGACGGUUCGCUGCUUGUCAGCGGCUCAAAAGAUAAGACGAUAUGCUUAUGGAGCACAAGCACCCAUGAAUCCGUUCUCAGCCCAAUACCGGGACAUACUGACAAAGUU